CCACGCAAGCGGCGCCGCGCCAAAGUCGCCUGCGAGCCAUGCCGCGAACGCAAACGCAAGUGCGACGGCCAUGAGCCCUGUGAUACCUGCGUGCAGUUCGAGUAUGACUGCUUUUAUGCACAAAUUAAAUCGAAGAACAAGACGAUCUCGACACUUAAUCCUCCGAGACAGCUGCAAUCCCCGCGCUCUCCCCUUACGACGGGUGAAGCUACCGAGUCUGCUAUCCAUGCCAUUCCAGAAAAUAUCAACAAGCAGUAUACGCAAAGUAGAGGGACAAGCGGACCUGCUGAAUCGCCUGCCGCUGAAGUUCGGGGUCAUAUGCAGUCGCUCGAGGCAAAUUCAGGCGCUGCGUUUGUGAGAAAGCUUGGCUUGAAAAUCGACCCGUAUAACGCGCCGCGACUGCACUUGUUUGCCUGGAACACGGGAGAGCGUCUUGCAGGAUGCCCUCCCGGCACGCUAAGAAGCGUGACGGCGACGCUGUCGCAGGCUCAAAUGAGGAAUCUCGCGCUGGUCUACUUUGAUAAAGUGGGAGUUGCCUACGGAUUCAUCGAUCGCGACAUCUUUUUCGAGCGUCUCGGCAGAAGAUGGCUGAGUCCGGCACUGCACGAUUCAUACGACUCAGUUCUGUGUGGAGUGGCAGCUCUUGGACUGCAUUUUUCGCAAAAGGUCCCGCCUCCAUUUGAGUCUGAUUUGGUUGAGACGGCCAAGGUUUUGCUCGAGCAGAACUCACUCGUGACGCCCCCAUCGAUUGAUACAGUCACCGGCUGGGUGCUUCGAGUCGCAUACUUGCGAAUGACUUCCCUGCCACAUGCAGCCUGGCUGGCAAGUUGUUCAUUGAUGCACGUUGUAGAAUCUGCCAACAUUCACCUUGAAUCACCAUCACAUACCGUCUUUGAUGGAUCCGCAGAGGAGAUUGAUCUUGAUAUCCGUCGGCGACUAUGGGGAAUGGCUCAGCAUCUCAAUAUAUGGGCGUCAUUUGAUCUUGGCCGGACGAAGAUCACGCUGCUCAAUGCGUCCACAAGGCCGGUUGCACCAAAGCCCGGCGACUACACAUCCCAACUUCUAGGGCUUAUCCCUCUCACAGAGCCGCUAGACCCCAACAAAACCCGGUCAGUCGAGGAUCUCGAAGCGGAUAUGAGGCGCGUCUUAGACGAAGAGCGUGAUGUAUCGCCUGUUAUCAUGGCACAGGUGAAUUUAAUGCUUUGCAUAUUUAGGCGACUACGGGCUCAAAAGUCGAAUAUGCUGAACCUGCAGAUGGAGCGUAUUCUGGCAUUGGCGACAAAAGGUCUUCGAGCGGCUGAAAAUAUGGUUUCGACUUAUAGUCCCUGGCACCACGCUGCCAACGUCCCGUUCCAGGUGGUCUGUCUGCUCCUCGCUAUUGAUAGCCGCGCCUCUCUUGCAUUAUUGUCGGACGCGAUGAACGUGCUUCAAAACGUGACGAGUACAUGGAACAGCCCCGUUAUGCGAGAGGCGUAUAAUACAGCAUAUCUACUAAUUCUUCUGCAUCAGCGACGCAAAGAAGAAGACGCGAGAACGUUGCGGGAUGUUCUCGAAAUGCACUCGACUGCGCCUGCAAUGACGCCGGACUCGACAAUGCAGUUUGGCAGUUUCAAUAACAUGCAGCCGCCGCCAACGGAUUCUGUCGAGUUUUCAUGGCUGGAAGAUCUCAUUGCAGAUAUGCCCAGCCUGAGAGAAUUUGAUCUGGAGCAAUUUCUUGUCCAAGAUGCGCCACAGCGGCAGAACCUAGGCGCCAACAUGCCGCCAAAGCCUGAUGACCCCCAUGAGGACCACGAGGAAGACCACGAGGAAGACCACGAGGAGGAGGAGCCAACUGAAUCUUCGCCACUGCUGCCAAAGUCCGAUAAAAAAUCCAACUCUACGCCGUCUAAAAAGUCUGCUGUUCAAGAGCAACAGCCUGAGGCGCAAGUUGUCGGCCCUCCGAUAGAGGAGCCUCCCGCACAGCCCCAGACACAGCCAGAAGGACAAUCGCCGCCGCCAGCUGCACCUCCAAAGGCAGCCUGGCCGACUCCUGCGGGACUACCGCCUCGCGAUGACGAUGAUGAGCGCUUGAUUAUUUUCCGUCGCGCCGUCGGCAUCAAUUACUAUCUCGCCGCUACCGAUCCCGGUACAAUGGAAGAGGGAAGGAAAGAAGCAGUGGGAAUAUACCGAGCAGUCAUCCACGCCAAAAACAACAAGCAGCGACUGUUCUACUUUCUCAGCACAUUCGUUCUGCUUUGCCACUUUGGCCAGAUUAUUGUUGGUGCAGCCCUGACGGCGCUCGGUCCGCUAGCCAGCGACCACAGCGGCAUUAUUACCUUCCUAGGCGCCUUAAACACCGUCAUCGCCGGCUUGCUGGCUUUGAUCAGCGGACAAGGACUACCGGAUCGAAUUAGAAAGGACCAAAUCGGAUUUCGGAUCAUCCAGGAUUGGAUUGAAGAAACCGAGUCAUUGCUCAGCGUCGGCAUUAUCGGAAGGAACCGCAAGGAAGUUGGCCUACUAGUCGAGGAAGCAUUUAAAAAGUACAAUGCGGCUAAAACGAACGAAGAGAAUAAUAACCCAGGUUCGUAUAUCCGCUCUCCCGAAGAACCUUCUAGGGUUGCUGGUGAC